CGCACACUGCCGCAAUCGUAGGUACCAUAACAUAACUGCAUCAACAGAUGAACGGAGAUUGAUGCCGAUUCGGAAGCACUAUAUAGCUCAAUAAGCUGGAACAGUUCAAUCUAAGAUUAUGGAGCUUGUGUAAACAAAAUUGUUGAUUGAGAUUUUUGAUUGUGUCGCAUAACCAUAAACACAAUCGCUUUGGAGCACAUUUUCAGAGAAUUGGAUUUGGAUUCGAAGUGUGAUUAUUUUAGGAUAUAGGUGUAAGACUAGUGAAACGGCAUAAAGAAGAUAAUAAAAGAAUUCAAUUAACCAAGAAUCGUGACAUUAAAGCUUCGUUGCUGACUUUUCAAGCAGUCCAAGGCAAUAGGCAACAUUGAGAUAACAUUUAGAUAACGUAACGUCAAAAUCUCUCAAGAUAUACGUUCACAAACUUCAGACCAGCCUUCGCGAGGAGCACAUUUAAUGUAUACAUAGUCUGGAUGAAGUCUAUUACAGAGAAACAAGCCUUAGUUCUUGUACAUUCUGAGGUUACGUCUGUUUAGAAGCCCUUAACAUAUCUGGCAGUUGCUUUUCUAUUUUCAGACUGUAUUGCAAAGGUCGAGAAUUUCCACCUAGAAUAGAGUCAGUUGGUAAAUACAUGCCGCAUAUACGCGAUAUGAAGAACAGUGCGCAAUAGGAACAUUGCAUUGAAAGCCGGUAAAUAUAAUCCAAGAGUCUAAAGAGAGAAAAUAGAGAACAGCAAUGUAUAAGAUAAGCUAAUUACUUGAUGAGAUACAGAUUUAUAAUUGGAUAAAUUGAGUAGGAUAACGCCGACAAAGGACGCUAAAUUAAACGCUAAAAAACGUCAGACGAGAAUAACUCUGAUUUGUUUUCCUCGACCUCUGAGUAUCAUUGGCGUUGGAACGACAUACAACUAUUUAGAAAUUAAUCUUGUGUCUAGUUUGGAGCCCUUGGUUAACCUACAAGAUGACAUCCCCGGAUUCAUACAGUUACAUUGAUCCAAUGUAUCACCAGUUCGAAGCCCAUUUUCCGGACCGACAUCUCCGGCUUGGCCCGCUAUCUGGCGUCCCUGAAAACAAGGCGGUACCCAAAGGAGCAAAAAAGGGGAAAAUGAGACGCAAUCGUAACCAGGCGAGAUAUAAAACUCAGCCAAUCACAUUCGAUGAGAUCAAAGAAGUCGAUGAGGAGAAGGAGGAGGACACAACUACAAAGAAAGGAGAUAUCCUUAGUCAACUAACCGCAUUCUCGAGGUCCAUGGAUGGUCUAAUGCCAACGAAGAAAAAUCUCAAGCUUGCGACGCCCUUAUUGAGAACCCCAUUGGGAAAUAUAUCUGCCCCACUAGAUAUCGCUCAUCCAAAGGUCAGAGACGGGCCAUCGCCAAUCCUUGAACAACCUCCUAAAGAUUCCGAGCUUCAAUUUACGAGGCAAGAUCUUGAAGAGCCUUCGUUAACCUCUUCUCGAACGGAACCUAUAUUGCCUUCACUAAAAACAGAAUCUUCCUUAUCAUUAACGGAUCCCAUAUCAUCCUCAACAAAAACGGAAACAAGCCCAUCCGGCCCCGAGGGACAAUCUAAUCGGGAUAAUAAAUCCUCUGAUAAAACAGAUAGACUGCUAGAUUCGGAAACAUCGUCUGCUGAACGCAAAAUUGAGCAGACGGACGCCCUUGCUAAAAAUGAUUCAUCAAAAUGUAUGGAAUCCGACCCAAACAAGGAUGAGUCAAAACUGAAUGGAAGUAAUUUGACAAGUGUGGAUACAGCGAAAUCAACGGCAGAUACAUAAUAUUUUGAACAGUAAGGUUGUGCUGAACUUUGUAUUUAUUACCACGAUGUAUGAGGAGUGUUUUCUCAAACUUUGAGAUUUAAGAACUACCAUGACCUGCCAUCUUUCGAAUGAACAACAAAUGGAUUGAAAGAAGGCAAAAAUGUAAUGUUGAGCGAAAAUGGAUUAAUUUCAUGGUCUUUCUGACGUGCCGCAAUUUUUCAGACAGUCUAAAGUAUCAUCUCCAUACUUAAUCGGCAUCGCUUUUGAUUGAUCACAGUGAAUGCUUGUAGUAAUAAGAGUGUUAUCAAUCCAUAGGCUACUGUAUUGUUUUUGCAUAGUCUUACAUAAAGUCUGUAUGUAUAGUGUAUACGGAAAGGUUUUUCUUAUGACUGGUCAUGGGUGAUGUUAACGUUCUAAAUCUGA